AUGAAGAAGUCCUUCAGCUUCUUCCCAGGAAGGAUGACAGUGUCCUUCAGGAAGGGUCCAUCUGGCCAUCUGCGGCAGGACCCCUCAGAUGAGGCCAUGAGAAUUAAAAAAAAUCCUUCUCUUCAGGACAAGUCUCCCCCUCAGAGACAUGACCUUGUGAGGUCUAAUGCUCUCACUGCGGUCCUUCAGCGGGGGGGUGAUGUGUCGGACCGACAGGAGGUGAUGGGGGAGUACAUGCUGCAGUUUGGAAAAUACAAGGGGAAACCAUACAGGUGGCUCCUUGAAAAUGAUGUCGGCUACACCAUCUACCUCAUCAAUAAGGUAGAAGAGGAGGAGAGAGCUGGGACCUUCAACCCCCAAGGGAACAGCAAGGACAGCCUGCUGUCAUUCCUGGACUAUGCCAGGAGCUUCCAGGAAAUUGAGGACCUGAGGGAGUACCUUCUCUCCAGGAAGCCUGUGCCACCAGUCUCAUCAGAGGGGGACAAUGUAGUUGGCUUUGGAGCCAGGGCCAAGCACACCUGGAGGCAGAUCUGGGAGAGCAGGGAGGACGGUUACGCUGCCUUUAUUGUCGGAGUAAAGUGUGUUAAAAACAGCAAGAUGUACAACCUGCAGCAGUACCUCCUCCAGCAGCAGAGGGCUGAGUCCUUGAUGGAGGAGGAUGAGGAGCUGGAGAGAGCGAUGUUAAACCUGCCUCCAUCUGAAUUUGACAUUGAAUUCACUCACAGGACAAAGCCAACAGCUACAGCUACUGUUUCCAGACCUGCUGAGCCUAGUGACCCCCCUGUGAAAGCUACAGUGAAGACCCCACUGCCAGUCCCUCCUCAGCUGCUUGCCAUUGCUCCACAACUAGAAGAGCAGACGCCCAAAGUGUUUAGACAAACACAUGAAAAGCCAGUCUCCCACAGUUCAUCUUCUGGGCCUGGGAUAACAGCAGCUCCAUGUCCUCCUGAAGAUUCAUCAUUACAGAAUAUUGCCCCUGUGGAAGCACAAAUAGACACUGUCCUUGAUGAAGCUUCGCCAUGUCCAGCACCUCCUGUCCCAUUAGAUGCCCCACACCAGCCUGCAGCCUCUGUCCCAGGCCAUGAUCAAGAUGUUGCACAGUGGAACUGCUCCCAGCAGCAGAAGAUCUGGAUGAAGACUGAGAUGGAGGCGUUGGGGCUCUGGCCGGGGUCACGCCCAGUACGUCACCUGAUGAACAUGCUGUCCCUGUGGCGUUAUCCACCUCAGCCUGAGCUCAUCGACUCAAUCUCUGAGCUGCCCUCACCAAAGUACUUUCAGCUUCAUCCAUUUUUCAUCUGGAAGCCAGAGCACACAAUCAUGGAGAGGGUUAGAAACAAUUACAUCUUGCCCUGUCUUUAUGGCUGUCCCAACCCUCAGGUAGCUUCCUCUGGCGUCGGAAGGCCCAGAGUCGUCAUUGGCACCAGCGGACAGUAUUAUAUUUUAGCCUCGCGGCUCACCUGCAAGGCUUGUAAAAAGUACUGGCAUGCUGACAAGCCGCAGUGGCUGGAGAAGCUACCAGAGCGCUUCAGCAACAUUGUGCCAGCUUUCCUGACACACAAAAAGGCCAUCUGCAAGUCUGUGAUGGACGAGAUGAGACGCAGCGGCAGAUCACCAGAGGACAUGUCCAAGCAGCUGACGGAGGCACUUCAUCUUAAAUAUGAGAGAGCUCACCUGGCCUACCUGCUGAGUGUGCAGAACGUCAGGGACGGUGAAGCAGGAGUCUACGCCAGAGAACCAUCACUGGGCUCCUCAGACAGGCAGAUACUCCUGCGCCAUUUGGUGGAUACUCAGAUGCAGAUGGCUGGUGCGGAGUGUCUGUUUCAUCUCACUACCUUGUCGAUUGCCUGGUCCGAGAGUAUCAGCGCCAGGAGCAGCUCCUCACUCUGCUGCUUCAAGGUACCUUUGGACAGGCACUGAGGGCAGAUCACACCCGCAAAGUAGCUAGGAAGGUUGUGCUGUCGUCUGGCACCAUAUCUUCCUAUGCUAUUAUGAACGAGAACUGGAUGAUCCUGAGCUGGGUGAUGCUGCAGUCUGAGUGUGAUAGGUCCCUUUAUACCAUGUAUGAGGGUCUGUCACAACGCUACACUGCAGCAGGAGUGCAGAAGGCAAACUUCCAGUGGGUUGACAGGGACUGCUGUGCUGCCUUUAAGGUCCUGCAACCUGGGGCUCAGGAUCACAUUUCAUGGGACUGCUGGAGGACCUCAGAGGCCAUCGUGGCACAAGCGACCUCUGGAAACCUGGCAAACAACAGUGCCUCAAGACUCAAGUUUAACCAAGACAUCACCAUCAAGUUAGACUUGUUUCACUGCAUGCGCCGGUUUACCAGAGAGUGUGUGUCAGAACACCAUUCCCUUUAUAGUUCCUUUUGCCAGUUCCUCUCUGCAGCGUUCGUUGUGGUGGACCAGGGUGACCUCAGGAGGCGUACAAGUUCUGCAAAAUCUCUCCUGCUAACCCCACCAAGCAGCACAUCAGAGAGCACUGUAGAAUGAAGGUGCCACAGCCCAGAGAACUGCUGCAGAGGGUAGAAGAUGUUUUACAUCAUUUCUACCUGGCAAAGGACAGCAACGAUGUGCCCCUCUUCAAGGCCUCCAUGUUGAGGGUGUGGAGGAUUCAGCGCAUCCACAUCCUGAGAGGCUGCCUGAGCGACCCUGAGGUCAAGGAGGGAAUCCUAUACAGGUAUGGUGGCACCUUGCAGCUCAAUAACACCAAGGCGCAGGAGCUGCUGUACCUAUUUGGAUUCCCGUGAGAGGCACAUCUCAGCAGGAGGGCUUCCACUCUCACCAAGCCCAGUGGGUGACAGGAAACCGGGUUUCCUGUGAGCUCUUCCAGGCCCAGGCAUUGACUGGAGUGGUGAGGUGGAACUUUCAGCGGCUGGUGGACCUGAAGCAGCCUGGUGUCGAGCUGCCAGCUGUGUUUGACCCCCUGUUGAUUACACAGCUAAACACAGCCUCUGUCAGAGUGACAGGGUGGCCAAAUAUGC